AACACUUGGAUAUAGUCUUUGAGCUAAUCGUUUGCUGAGAUAUAUAAUUAAGUGAAGAGUUAUUAGUUAAUUGUCGGCAAAAAUACUGAUCCAAUCAACAACACAGACAAUGUCUUCGGCGGCGAGAAAGUUGUCAUCAAAAGUGGCACUCAUUACAGGGUCGAGUUCGGGCAUAGGGAAGGCCACAGCCCUGUUGUUCAGCCAAUUGGGUGCCCGCCUAUCGCUAACGGGCCGUAAUCUUGAGGCCAUUCAAGAGCUGAAGAACCGAUGUCUGACCAAACACUCCAGCUAUCAGACGGACGACACGAUUCUGGUGACCAAAUGCGAGCUCACGUCCGAACCAGAUGUGCAACAACUGGUGCGGCAAACAGUGGCCCACUUCGGCCGACUCGACAUUCUGGUCAACAGCGCCGGUAUCAUAGAGUUUGGCUCCGUUGAGAACACAUCGCUGGAACAGUUCGACCGCGUGAUGGGCAUCAACUUGCGCUCCGUAUACCAAUUGAUGACACUGUCGGCCGAGCACUUGGUGGCCACCAAAGGCAACGUUGUGAACGUGUCCAGCGUUAACGGUGUCCGUUCGUUCCCCAACGUGUUGGCCUAUUGCGUGGCCAAAGCCGGUGUGGAUCAGUUGACCCGAUGCGCGGCCAUCGAGUUGGCCGGCAAACACGUGCGCGUUAAUGCCGUCAAUCCGGGCGUAAUCACGACUGGUCUGCAGAAGAGGGGCGGACUCACGGAACAGGCUUUCCGUAAGUUUCUGGAGCACUCGCGCACCACUCACGCGCUCGGCAGGCCUGGAGAGGCACCAGAAGUGGCCGCCGCCAUAGCCUUCCUCGCCAGCGAUGAGGCCUCGUUUAUAACGGGCGUAACUCUGCCGGUCGAUGGCGGCCGACACGCCCUCUGCCCCCGUUAGGAGGGGC